CUUUGUAAGAGCUUCAAAUUUAGUGAAUUUUAUUGUUUCUAAGUACCCACAUUCCACUCUAAAACAAAAUGACUUUGGGAACGUACAACAGACAUCAAGCUGAAAAAAAGAAGCAAGCAGCAUUGGCGGCAGCAUUCCCGCAGGGAAUACGUUGCCAAAAAUUUCUCGAGUAUGGGCACUGGAGUUAUGAGUGCACUGGAAAACGCAAGAUAUUGGUGCGUCCAUCCCGUACUCAGAUCCUAAAGAAGAAUCUGAAGGCCAAAGAUGACAAAGAAGAAGGCUCAUGCAGCAAUGGCAAAUGCAAGAUACCAAACAAGAAGAAACGUCAAGAGUCAGAUUGCUCCGACUGUUCAGACAAAAGCUCUUCAUCGGGUAGUUCAAGUUCGGACUCUUCAUCGGACAGCUCAGGGAGUGGUUCCGGUAGCGACAGUAGCGAUUCCGAAAGCGACAGUGACAGCGGAAGUGAGUCCGGAUCUUGCAGCGAUUGUUAAUAUGGCACUCCUUAGUUUUUUAGGUAUAGUUUUAUUGGACAAAGGUUUUCGUUGAUGAAGCAGGUUUAAGGAAAAUAUUUAAAAAGUGUAAUAAUAUAAAGCUUAUUGUCCCUAGUAAUUAAAUAGGUAGCAAUCUUUCCAAAUUCCUGAAUAUAAUUUUUAAGCAUCUACCAAACAUGGCCUUCUACAGGCACUCCAUUGGCAGCUUAAGAAAAGCUGAACAGGUACAGAGAGAAAUUGGACAAAUUCUUUAUUAAAAUUUGUAAAAAGUUCCCAUUGAUUGUGUAAAAAUGUAAUAGCUGAUGUUGCUUGAAAUAUGAUUUAACAAAAACCUUUGUCGAGAUUUUAUGAUAUGAAUAUUGUAAGUGCCGGUAAAUGCUGGUCAUUUUAAACAGUAAAUUAAAUUAAAUUAUUUUUUAAAUGUAAAAGUGAGUUUGUAGGUUUAUUUUAUGUUCGUGUUGUGUGUUAAUUUCAUGUCACAGGAGUAUAUAUGUU